ACGGAGUAAGAUUGAGGUUAUUGAAUUGGUCGAUUUUCCAAAUCGCAAUCUUCAAUAAGUUUGAUAAUAAAUAAUAAUUUGUAAUCUCUGAUCUAUGUCCUAUUCAACCGUGUCAUAGAGCUCUUUAAAAAAAUUUACACAUAAAUUUGAUUACAAUAAUUUAACUUGUCAUGUGACGAAAGAUAGAAUAGAAAUAGAUAAAAAAGAAAAGAAAAACUCCAUCCUGAAGCUAGAAUCAGUUCGGAAGAAAAGAAGUGAUCGUCUACAAGACGAUCACUAAAGAUUUAAGAUUAAUAAAUUAAUCGUAAGUCGAAGUAUCAGAGAAGUGAAUUCGAGAAAUUGAAGUGAUUUUAAUAUAUUUUCUACGACAUGGCGAACACUGGUCUACUAGUUUUAACGAGUCCUAGAAAGAUAAAAGGAAUGUUGUUUCUAAUCCAGAAGCAUGUUCUGAAGACGUUGUACAUUCAAUACUUUCCGGAAAAGAAUAUCUUUGCAGGAAAUUACAAUUCUGCGACGUUACAGAGGAAAGGGUCUGAAUUUUCUAAGAAGAUUGCCGACAUAUAUAUGUAUACUUCUCCAAUUGCCUCCAGUCUCGACGUUCGUGUCUUGCUCACCAACCUGAAAUAUCCUGACAGAUCUGUUAUAAACACGAAAAAACCGGUGGAAGUGGUGAUCUUUGAUCAGAAGUGCAGUGAAAAGGAGGCGGACACGUUCAUACAGGAUCGUUUAGCAAACAGAUCGCAGAACUACCGCUUUGUUGAUUACACAUAUCUGAACCAUCUUCUGUAUCAUGAUAAUACGUGUACAGAACAUGAUGUUCAGAAUGUAAAAACUUACAAGAAUGUAGUGCUGGGUGGCACAUUCGAUCGGUUGCACAAUGGACACAAGAUCUUAUUAAGCGAGGCUGUCUUGCGUUGUACAGAAAAACUUACUGUUGGCGUGACGGAUACUAACUUGAUUACUGGUAAAAUAUUAUGGGAGCUUAUACAACCGUGUGCGCAAAGAAUAAAGGAAGUUAAAGAGUUUUUGCAAGAUGUAGAUUCAUCGAUAACAUAUAAUGUUGUGCCUAUUAAUGACAUGUAUGGACCUACUAAGGAAGAUUCAACAUUGGAGAUGAUAGUAGUGAGUCAAGAAACGAAACGUGGAGGUGAUAAAGUCAAUGAAUUACGUGCGCAAAAAAAUUUAAGCAACUUGGACAUUUAUACGGUAGAAUUAGCAAUUGAUGAAUCCCAUAACAAAUUUGAAGAGGCCAAAAUUAGCUCUAGUAAUCAUAGAAUACGAUUACUUGGCACGAGGCUUCGAGCUCCUAGAGAAGGGAGGAGUUUACAACCUUAUAUUAUUGGUUUAACGGGUGGUAUUGCAAGUGGAAAAUCCUCAGUUGCUGAAAAAAUGCAACAACUCGGCGCUGGUCUUGUAAAUUGUGAUAAGUUAGCUCACGACUUAUAUUUACCUGGAACAGACUGCUUUCGUAAAAUAGUUGAACAUUUUGGCUCUUCUAUUCUCAACUCAGAUGGAUUUAUAAAUAGAAAGCUGCUUGGUGACAUAGUGUUUAAUAAUAAGGAACAAUUGGAAAAAUUGAAUACAUUAAUUUGGCCUUUAAUUUUGGAAAAAGCUAAAGAAGAAAUAAAUAAUCUUUAUCACAAGGGUCGUCAUAUUAUUAUACUGGAAGCAGCAGUUUUGAUUCAGGCUAAAUGGCAGAAUGUAUGCAGCGAAAUUUGGACUUGUAUCAUUCCACAAGAUGAGGCUAUAAAACGAGUAAUGGAAAGAAAUGGAUUAUCUGAGGAAGCAGCGAAGUUACGAAUUGAAAUGCAACCAAGUAACACAGAGCAAGUUAAAGAAGCCAACGUUGUCAUAUGUACUUCAUGGAGUCACGAAGAAACCCUAAUACAAGUAGAAAGAGCAUGGAGAGAACUAACAACUGAUUUAGACAAACUACGAAUUAAAGUUUGUCCCACAAAUAAUAUGCAAUCAUUCCAUGAUAUACAUAAUUAAAAUAUUGAUACAAUGAUGAGGAAAAUAUUGGUAACUGGAUGUAUCUUUGGCUAUAAAUAACUACAACAGAGAUAUAUAGAUAUAUUAAUAACAAGAGUGCUAUUUUUUAUCGUUUAUAUAAUUGUUACAAAAAAAUGAACAUACUAUUUAGCAAAUAAUAUGUUGUCACUUAA